AGAAGGGAAAGGCAGUGAAAAGCGAAGCGAUGGUGUGCAGAAUGCCUCUUGGCAGAACUGCCGGCGUGAAAACACAGGCGUCCGAUCAGAGGAGCCCUGCGCAGCGUCGUAACCGCUGGCAAGUCCGUCGGGGGGGAGCGGGACAGCUUGUGUUUUACAGGCGCGUUGCGAGCUACGGACUCUGGAUGCUUUUCAAAGCUUCCCAUUAAGGUUCAGAGAUGAAGAGGCUUCGGAGAAAUAUGAGUGUAUUGCAGCAAACAAAAAUUCUCUUAUGGAAGAAUGUGCUUACCAAAUGGAGGAUGAAAACACAGAGCUUUCAGGAGUGGACCCUAUCUCUACUCUUUCUGCCUCUGAUAUUCAUAGUAGGUAUUUUCAUAAUAAAUAUCCGCCAUCCAGAAGUGCCUUACACUUAUCUUGGACAACUCGAUGAUCCUGUCUAUAAUGCUACUGGGAUUACUGUUGCUUAUACACCCAUAACAGUGACCACAAGGCAGAUAAUGAAUAAGGUGGCCUUGGAUUCUGUAAUGAUAGGUAUAAAAUUAGAGGCAGUGGAAAAUGAGAGCGCCCUGGAGAAAGCAUGGAUUUCAAAUAACAAUAUUAUAGGGGUUGUGUUUAAAGAUAACUUCUCCUAUCACAUCAGAUUUCCUGCCGGGAAUGUGAUUAUUCCAAAUGAGAACUUUGGAUACAUAGAUACCUGCUAUAAUUUCUCAUCACAAUACUGUCACAGCCCAAAGUAUUGGUACAAAGGUUUCCUGUCCCUUCAGUCCAGUAUCGACGCUGCUAUUAUAGAGGGGGUGGUAAAUCAUUCCGUCUGGAAAGAAAUGAAAUCAAUUGCUGGUGUCCGUAUGAGAUCCCGGAGCGUCAUCGCCUCAAUUACAUUGGAGUACAGUUAUUUCAUGAUUACGAUAGUGAUGUGUUUCUCUUCAUUCAUGCAUUUUUUGUCAAUGAAUAUUGUAAGAGAAAAGAAGAAGCUCAAAGUACUGAUGAAGAUGAUGGGAUUACAAGAUAUUGCAUUUUGGCUCUCCUGGAGCUUGCUGUAUGCUGUCUAUGUGUUGGUGAUGUCCUGCCUGCUGACAGCUGUCACUAUGCAAGACGCUUUCAACCUCAGCAGCUUCCCUGCAGUCGUACUGCUGUUUUUCCUGUAUGGCCUAGCAUGUGUCCACUUCGUUUUCCUGCUCUGCUCCCUCUUCAGGAGUUCUAAGCUCACUGGCUCCAUGGGAUUCCUCUUCACAUUUGUCUUUGGAUGUUUAAGCCUCUCAGUGCUGGUAGAAAAUGUUCCCGAACCUCUAAAGUGGUUUCUCAGUCUCUUUUGUCCUUUUGCGUUUAACGCUGGAAUCGCAAAGAUUUUCCAUUUAGAAAAAUAUGGAAUAGGUUUCUGUUUUUCUAACCUUAUGGAAGACUCAUACUUUUUAUUUUCAACUUACAUUAUGCUGAUCUUUGACUCUACCUUGUAUCUGCUGUUAGCGAUCUACUUUGAUAAAGUUCUACCUGGCAAAUAUGGCAUCCCAGAUCCCCCUUUUUUCUGCCUGAAGCCCUCAUACUGGAUGAAGAGCAGGAGAGGCUCCACCAGAGAGAGGUCUCAGGCUGAAGCAAGCCCCGAGAAGCUACUCAGUGAUGACAUGGAGCCAGUGCCCCCCGAAUUCACGGGGAAGGAGGCCAUCAGACUCAACAAUAUUAAAAAAAUUUAUAAACAGACAGACAAGAAAACAGAAGCCUUAAGAGGUUUAUUUUUAAAUAUUUACGAGGGCCAAAUCACUGCCUUACUGGGUCACAGUGGGGCUGGAAAGACAACGCUGUUAAAUGUGCUCAGCGGACUUACCUUGCCUUCUGAAGCAGGUUCUGCAACCGUAUACAACUACAACCUCUCUGAAAUGGGAGACAGGGAAGAAAUUAGAGAGAUGAUUGGCAUUUGUCCACAAUUCAACGUCCAGUUUGAGGUUCUAACAGUGAAAGAAAAUUUACGGACUUUUGCUGAAAUCAAGGGCAUCAAGUCCAAAGAGGUAGAGCGUGAGGUGCAAAACAUUUUGGAUUUGCUGGAUAUCAGCAACAUUCAAGACACUCAAGCUGAGAAACUGAGUGAUGGACAAAAACGAAAGUUAUCCAUUGGAAUAGCCAUGCUUGGAAACCCCCAGGUUUUGUUACUGGAUGAGCCGACAGCUGGGUUGGAUCCCCUUUCCAGGCAUCAGGUGUGGAGCCUCCUCAAGGAGCACAGAACUGGGCGAGUGAUUCUGUUCAGCACCCAGUUCAUGGACGAGGCCGACAUCCUCGCAGAUCGCAAAGCUUUUAUCUCACAUGGGAGGCUAAAGUGUGUUGGUUCUUCUCUGUUCUUGAAGAAAAAAUGGGGGAUUGGCUAUCAUUUAAGGAUCCAUGUCAGCGAGUCUUGUGACUUAGAGAAUGUGACAUCUCUCGUUAAACGAUACAUCUCAAAUGCCAUAGUCUCAGGACACAGUCAAUACGAGCUGAGAUAUAAACUUCCACCGGAAAAUGUGAAUAAAUUCCCAGAUCUGUUCAGUGAUCUCGACAGCUGCUCUGACCGGGGACUUAUCAAUUAUGGAGUUAGCAUGACAACGUUGGAGGAUGUUUUCCUGAAACUGGAGGAAGAAAUCACAGUUGAUCAAGAAGAUGACCACACCUUUGGUGAGGAGUGGGCAGAGGCAGGAACAAGGUCCUCAGAUGAGCUGGAGCAAGGUGCCCUGCUGCUCUCAGACACCAUAGAGGCAACUGUGAGUGACAUGGCUCUCUGGAGGCAGCAGGUCUAUGCCAUGGCACGAGUUCACCUCUUAAAGCUUAAGAGUUCCUUGAAAAGCCUCGGGUCAAUUUUGCUGCUCUAUGUGGUUUUUCUGCUUCCUGUGGUUUUGCAAAUGGCCCUGGUUGCUGUAUGGCAGAGUGUAAGUGCCUGGGAGCUGUCGUCUGCACGAUAUUUUCUUCCACUUGGCAAGAAGGCUCACUCAGAGACUACCACCCUUCUCAUCCUCAAUAAAACAGGAUCAGGCAUUGAAGACUUUAUUCACACUCUAGAGAUUCAAGAUCUAACAGUGGAAAUAAGUGCAGAAAAUAUCACAGAGGAACUAAAACACAACGGGGCUAUAACAGUGUCUCGAGAAGGCCAAAACUACAGGUUUACUGUAUUAUGCCAUGUGGAGGCCAUCAACUGUUUUCCAGUGCUUGUGAACAUCAUUAGCAAUGCUCUGCUGAGAACUUUCAAUUCCACCGCGCGUAUUCGGAUUUGGAAUCAUCCAUUUUUCUCUAUAGAUAAUCCACAAUUCUGGGAUUAUUUCCUUUCUUUUUACCUCAUUUAUAUGCUGGUUUUAUUCCCUGGUUUUCCUCCUCACUUUGCAAUGGGCUACUUGCAAGAUUACAAGACAGGAGCUCGCUCCCAGCUGCGGAUUUCGGGGCUCUUACCCUCGGCGUACUGGUGUGGCCAGGCACUGGUGGACAUCCCUCUGAGCUGGCUCCUUCUCUUCUCAAUGUUUGGGCUUCAGUUCUUAAUGAGUAACAAGAUCUCUGGGAGCGUCGGCAGCCUCUUUUCACUGGUUAUGGCUAUUUCUGGCUAUGGAAUUUCUAUCGUUCUCUUCAUCUAUUUAAUCUCCUUCCUGUUUCGCAAAGGAUGGAACUGUGAUUUUUGGUCUUUUAUCCUGAUAGUGGUAGGUUUGGUUUCUUUUGUUAUCAGCAGAAUCAUGGAUUAUUCAUCAGAUCCUAGAACUUCCCUUUAUAUUAUGUCUCUCUUGUUUCCUAUGCACCCGCUGCUGGGCUUCGUGGUCAACAGCGAGUCGAUUUUUAUAGAAGACUCUGAAAUAAUUGAUGAGACUUCAAGGAAUGGUGUACUAAUAGCUGUCUUUGCACCUUACAUCCAUUCUGUGGGUUUCAUUUUUCUACUUCGAUAUUUGGAGAUAAAAUAUGGAAGAGCAGUUCUGAGAAAGGACCCAAUAUUUAGGAUUUCCCCAAGAAAAGACACCAGCCACCAGAACUCUGAGGAGCUAGAAGAAGAAGAUGAAGAUGUUAAAGCCGAAAGAACAGCAGUGAGAAAUGCCAUAGCAUCUCCAAGUCAAGAGGAGAAAUCAGUUGUUAUUGUCAGCAAUCUGUGCAAGGAAUACAAAAUAAAGAAAGCUGGUUCUGUUUUUAAGAAGAAGAAGAAAAUGGCAACCAAAAAUGUCUCCUUCUGUGUUAAAAAAGGGGAAGUGUUAGGACUUCUGGGGCCCAACGGAGCUGGUAAAAGCACAGCUAUCAAAAUGAUUACUGGACAGACGACACUGACUGCUGGGCAGGUGCUGAUGAGGAGGAGAGAUGGAGCAAGCUCCCACCUUCAGGACAACGCAUCAGAUUUCCUGGGGUACUGCCCUCAGGAGGACCCGCUCUGGCCAAACCUCACGGUGCAAGACCACCUGGAGACCUAUGCUGCUGUGAAAGGGGUGAGAAAGGGGGAUACGGCUGCCGCUAUCAACCGAUUAGUGAAUGCUCUGGAGCUUCAGGAAUAUUUAAAAAAACCAACCAGAAAAUUAUCUGUUGGGAUAACCAGAAAGCUAUGCUUUGCAGUGUGUAUGCUGGGUAAUCCCACAGUCCUGCUCCUGGACGAGGUAUCGACCGGCAUGGACCCCAACGGGCAGCGCCGCAUCUGGAAAAUGAUUCGUGCCGCACUGAAAAACAAGGAGCAAGGAGCCAUUCUGACAACACAUUACAUGGAGGAGGCAGAGGCGGUGUGCGACCGGGUGGCCAUCAUGGUGUCCGGGCAGCUACGGUGCAUUGGCUCCAUUCAGUACCUGAAGAACAAGUUUGGCAAAGGUUACCUACUGGAAAUUAAGGUCAAGGACCCAGAGCACACUGAUCUUCUGCAUGCUGAGAUUUUGAGGAUUUUCCCAAGCGCAGCCCGUCAGGAGCGGUUUCCGUCUUUGCUAGUCUACAAAGUCCCAAUGGAAGAUGCAUUGCCCCUGUCUCAGUCUUUCUGCAAGCUAGAGAAAGCCAAAAGCACCUUCAACCUCGAGGAGUACAGCUUCUCUUUGAACACUUUGGCUCAGGUGUUUUUGGAACUCUCCCGAGAGCAAGAGAAGGAUAAUUUUGAUCUGAGUUUGGAUGGGACUUUUGAAUGGAAACAACUUCAGCUUUUCAGCAGGAAGACAGUUAAAGACCUGAGAUGCUCAUUUAUACAUUAUUUUCUCUUAGGCUAA